UCUGCCAAUUUGUCACUAGUUGAGUUUUUUCCCUCGGUACCAUGGCGGGCGCAGUGGCUAGAUUAACGGUUAAAAGUGGCACAAUAAUCGCCCAGCGCUCGAGCGUGGGUGUGGCGGCCACCCGAUCUAUCAGAUUCUCCAGUGGAACAGGUCAAUCUACUGGCGGAUUUGCCAAAAACCACAAAUCGCGACGCCUAUGGCAAAUCGCAGGCGGUGGCGCUGUAUCUUUGGCCGCCCUGGCGGCUUUCAUCAAACUUCGUUCCUCCGAUAAUCUCGUAAAUGCAGUCAGCCUUAAGAGACGAAUGCGUGAUGAUUGUGAACUGGAAAAUGUGAAGCUAACGGCUCGAGAGCGUCGGUUCAUCAAGUUUGCGUCCGUGGAGUUUGACGAUCAGCUCUACAUGACCCCGCAGGACUUCCUAGAUUCGGUUGUGGAGCAGGAACCCAGGCCUCGUCUGAAGCGCCGCCAACUGUCUAAUGAUGAAGUGGAGAAAUACAAGGAAAACACUCCUGCUCUCAAGAAAGGUUCAACCAGACUAUUCCGAAACUUAAGAGAUAAAGGCAUUAUUUCUUAUACUGAGUAUCUCUUCUUACUUUCAAUCCUAACAAAACCCAAAUCAGGAUUCCGCAUUGCCUUCAAUAUGUUCGAUACGGACGGAAAUCAGCGGGUGGACAAAGACGAGUUCCUAGUGAUCAUUUCCAUUUUGGCCGGCGCUUUCAAAGACAUUCAAAAUGUCGAUCCAAAAACCCAGCAAAUUCUGUCGCGUUUAGUUUCCUUCGAUGAUCAAGGCCAGGUUGUGAAGCCCAUGGUGGCGAAUCCCAAGAGGGGUCUCAUGGAACGCAUUUUCAGCGGUGCGUGGAAGGAGAAGCACGGCGAACCAGAGCCGGAGCCGACCGAGCCCACAACGCCCACUCCCCUUGAGAAUUAUGUGAAUGAUGGCGAAGGACUGCAGAGACGUCAUGUGGUGGCCACCACGCUACAGCUGCACUUCUUUGGAAAACGCGGCACAGGAGUGAUCAAUUUUGACAACUUCUACCGCUUCAUGGACAACCUACAGACGGAAGUGCUCGAGCUGGAGUUCCACGAAUUUUCAAAAGGCAACAGUGUUAUCAGCGAGCUGGAUUUCGCCAAAAUUCUGCUUCGGUACACGUACCUGGCCACCGACGAAUACGAUGUCUUCCUGGAGCGUCUACUCGAGCGGGUGAAGGAUGAGAAGGGUAUUACGUUCCACGACUUUAGGGAUUUCUGUCACUUCCUCAACAAUCUGGACGACUUCACGAUCGCCAUGCGAAUGUACACCCUGGCAGAUCGCGCUAUAUCUAAGGAUGAAUUCUCUCGAGCUGUGAAAAUCUGCACUGGUUAUAAUCUCAGUCCCCACUUGAUCGACACCGUGUUUGCCAUAUUCGAUGCGGAUGGAGAUGGUCUGCUAUCUUACAAAGAGUUCAUUGCCAUUAUGAAGGAUCGCCUGCAUCGGGGCUUCAAACAAGCUAUUGAUGAUCCAGACGAGCGUCUCGAGGUUUCCAUCGAGGCGUUGGCUCCAACAGGUGACGAGUCCGUGGCCAAGUCGGAGGGCUGGGAUGCGUUCAAGUACUGCGUGCGGACCGAAAUGAAAACCAUGAUGAAGUCGGCCAACUAAAAUGGGAAUCCGCCAACCAAUACAACGAGCAACAAAGCUACGCCAAAGUGAAACAAAUUCUAGUUACAAAACUUUCUUCUAAAGAACCAAAAUCUCUUGUUUAGACAUAAUGCUAUAUUUGUUGACUAUUAAACCCUAUUUAUGAAUUUGUUACUUGACUAAGCUCCCCUUCUCAUAUAGCCAAAAUUCUCAGAGAUUGUUUUAAAUUGGCAUAAGUGGAAUGCCGCCUUGUUAUAAAUGUAUAGUGAAAAUAAAAUUGUUUUGCAAAAUUUGUAUUACACUUUUAUUUAGUUUUCAUUUUGAUUAGGCUUAAGACUUUAUAGAAAAUGCCGCUCGAAAUCAAGCAUCUAGCAGUUAUCCAUUAACUGAAACGUUUAAUUGUUUACCUUUAAUACUAAAGUGAUUUUAAGAAAAGAGUAAAAACUAUAAAUAUUUCCGCUUGUCAAUCGUGUGUCGGGAUAGAUCACUUAACUAAUGCAUAAAUAUACAAUAUGUCUAAGUACUAUAUAAAACUCGAACUAUUUGUCUAGGUCAUUUUGCACUUGGGCAUUAAACAAAAUCAAAAAUUAUCACAGUUAAUUGCGUGCAUUCGACAGACGACACACUACAUUAUCCUCUCACUAUGGUAUACAAAAUAGUUUCCAUUCUUCUCGUGAUUAUCCUUCAUAAAUUUAGCUAAGAACUGAAUUGGGAAUAGUUUUGGAAUAGUUGCAUAUACACAAAUUGCACAAUUAAACAA